AUGGAGCCCACUCCUACCCCGAGCCAGGUCCACGUCGCCAGCAACGGCACCUUAGACUUGACACAGCCCUUAUGGACUUUGUACGUGGAUGGCUCUUCCAACGCCCAGGGAUGCGGAGCUGGCCUUGUUCUCAUCUCUCCAGACAAGGCUGUCCUUGAGUACGCCAUUCGCUUCCAAUUCCACGCCUCCAACAAUGAGGCCGAAUACGAAGCACUCUUAGCUGGCCUCCGGUUAGCCAAGGAGAUCGGCGCUAGGAAAAUUCAGAUUUUCAGCGACUCACAGCUCGUUGUCCACCAAGUCAACCAGGACUUCACUGCCAAGGACGUGUCCAUGACAGCCUACCUCCAACAUACCCGCCAUUUGCUUACAACCUUCAACGCUUAUUUCAUAAGCCAGGUACCACGCUCGGAGAAUAGCCAUGCCGAUGCCCUAGCUAGACUAGCCUCCGCCAUAGAGCAGGGCCUUGGCCGUAAUAUCCACAUGGAAAUCUUGGAUCAGCCAAGCACACGGGCACCACUCAUCUGCGCCAUCGAUCACAGCCCAACAUGGAUGGACCCCAUCCUCCAAUUUGUGCAGAACCAGACGCUACUCGCUGACCCUGAGGAAGGCCACUACAUCCUCCGGGAAAUCCACGAAGGCAUCUGUGGUAGUCAUUCAGGCACCCGCUCACUAGCGCAUAAGGCCAUUAGGCAAGGAUACUUCUGGCCCUCACUUCACACUGAUGCCCGAGCCUUCACCCAGAAGUGCGACAAGUGUCAGCGAUUUGCCAAUAUCCCUCAACUCCCAGCUAAACCUUUAACAACCAUGAUCGUUUGCCGCUUCGGCAUCCCCAACGCCAUCGUCACGGACAACGGUCGGCAAUUUGACAACGCAAAAUUUAGGCAAUUUUGUUCCAACAUCAAGAUUAAACUUUUCUUCGCUUCUCCGGCCCAUCCUCAGUCUAAUGGCCAGGUCGAAGCCGUGAACAAAAUUAUCAAGAAGACCCUGAAGACCAAGCUUGACAAAGCCAAGGGUUGCUGGCCGGAGCUACUCCCAGAGGUUCUUUGGGCUUACCGCACCACCUUUCGUACCUCAACGAGAGAAACACCAUUCUCUCUUUCCUUUGGUACCGAAGCCGUGGCACCAGUGGAGAUUGGCCAGCCUACAUACCGAACCUCCACGUACGAGGCGGAAGCCAAUAACGAGCAGUUGGCCCUCAGCCUCGACUUCAUUGACGAGCUUCGUGACCAGUACAACAUGCGCAACGUCGCGUACAAACAGCGUAUUGCCAAGUACUACAACUCCAGAGUUAAACAUCGAGCUUUCACUACUGGGGACUGGGUCAUACGCAAGGUUUCCUAA